UACUUCGUGACAGAAAGGACUAUAUGUCCAAUGAUAAAGUAGCAGUGGUGUACUAAUAAAAUGCUUCACUUGCUCAUGUUUGUUCAACUAAAAUAUUUCUUUUUCAGGAUAAACCAUCAGCCUGUGUCCAUCACCCAACUUAGCAACAACAUGUUGCUGUUAAAUAUUUGCAUCUAUGCCAGCCUGAUGCUGUCCCUCCCUCAGUGUGCAUAUCAAUCAUGCAUAGAGGGUACACCCAGACAGUGCCUUGAUGCAGAUUUUGCUCCCGGUACCAAUUUGGCCGGGGAAGGCUUUGAUAUUACCAAGAUGGAACGUAAGGGAGCCUUUGUGCUUGACAUGAAUCAGUGGAAACGCAAGGACAAAACAUGCAUCCUGUGCAGCAACCCCUAUCUGGAGAACAAAAAGCAAAAGCUCCCCUUGUCAGUGGUGGACUGGAGACCAAAGCAGUCCUGCAGCAUUAAAGUGGCCAGUGCUCUCCACCGAUCCAGUGAGUCUCUGGUCAGUUCCAGCACCUCUUCUGUAGAAAACAACUGGCAGGCUAAUCUAGAUGUUGAUGCGGGUGCAAAAGGUGGCUCAGUGAUGCUAGCUGGUACCCAUUCUAAACUGGCUGAAUACUCCAUGGAAAAAACAAAGAAUGACAAGUUCAGCUUCACGAGUCAAAGCAUGUCCUGUGAGUUCUACAGCUACAGAGUGUCCGGCACUCCAAAGUUGCACGGAGAAUUUCGCAAAGCAGUGAAACAGCUCCCCAAAAUCUACAGCCCUGAAAGCAAGCAACAAUUUUACAAACUGAUUGACAACUUUGGCACCCAUUACGUCACCAAGGUGAAGCUGGGAGGAAGUGUUCAAUCUGUGACCAGCAUCAGGCAGUGUCAGGCCGGCCUGCAGGGCCUCAGUGUGGAUGAGGUGCAGAUGUGCCUGGAAGCUGAGGCGUCCGCCAGCAUCAAGGCUACAAUGAAAACUCAGGCAAAACAUUGCCAGAAGGACAUUGACAAGAUGGAAAGUAAGACAUCCUUCUCUGGCCUCUUCAAUGACAGGUUCACAGAAAUAAAGGGGGGCCAUACCACAGAGCCAGACCUUCUCUUCUCUGCUGACAAAAAUCCAUCAGCCUACAAAGAAUGGCUGAACACACUGCCACAGAAUCCAGACAUAAUCUCAUACUCCCUGGACUCCCUUCAUGAGCUGCUGCCUACCAGCACUCCUGUCCGGAAGAACUUGCGCUCAGCCAUUAGCCAUUACAUCCUGGAGAAGGGCCUGUGGAAGAACUGCAGUGAACGCUGUCAGGCCGGCAUCAAGAGUGACCCAAGGGAUACCUGCGUCUGCCAGUGCCACAAUGACCCCGCUGUAAACCAAGACUGUUGCCCGACACGUAAGGGCAUGGCACGGGUCAUCAUAACUGUACAGGCGGCUUCUGGUCUGUGGGGAGACCACACCACAGCAACAGACGCUUAUGUGAAGGUGUCUUUUAAUGGGAUGAUGGUCCGGCGUACUCCGGUCAUUAACAACAACAACAACCCACAAUGGGCCACUGUUGUCGACCUGGGCACACAGGAUUUAUCGUCAGGACAUAGGGUGAAAUUUGAAGUGUGGGAUGAAGACAACAAAUGGGAUGACGACCUGCUGGGGCAAUGUGAGCAAGUUGUGUCUGCUGGACUCAAGCAGGAUCUCUGUAAUCUGCAACAUGGCAGGCUGUUCUUCACAUUGGAUGUGAAAUGUGCGCCGAGUCUGAGUGGAGCUUCAUGUAAAGACUAUAAACCUUCGCCCAUGAGUCAAAGUCUGAAGAAGCUGUAUGUGUCCCGUCAUGCACAUCCUGUUCCAAAGGCCAUCCUCUUAGAGAUGGGUGUGUUUGUGAAUUGAAAUAAGCUCAAAGAGAAACCAGUCUUCCUGCCAAGUCCCAAAAGUUUGAUUUGCAAUAACUGGCUUUACUGAUGCUUAUACACAAAGUAUCAGCAACCUUUUUUUUCUUUUCUUUUUUUAAAAAUUGUAUUGAUGACACAAUCUAAGCAAGCAUUAAAUCUCUACUGAUUACAGUGAGGAGAUAACUGACAAACUGUUGACAAAGUGACCGCAACUCAAUAUCAGAUAAAUGUCUGAGAUUUGUUGUUGACAGAAGACUAUCGUUAAUAUAGGCUAAAUAGAAGAGAUAGUCCAAUUAUUUGGCUAUACCUCCAUAUUUGCAUUAUAUAGUUGUCAGUAUACUGUAGAGAGGUCUGGUCUUUAACAGUGCAGCAAAGCAUAUACAGUCUUUCACCUAAAAGUUCUUGUAGUUAUUGAAAUUUGAGUUUGAUUCAAUGCAGCUGUUACUUUUUUUUGCAGUCGUCUAUUAUGUGUGCAGUUUUAAAGCAUUUCUUGUUUCUGUAACAGGCAUUCAUAAGAUGUUCUGGUGUGUUUUAUACAUUUGAAUCACAUUAUUGCCAUGCCAAUUUUUGAUGUUGACUCCAAUGUCUAAAAAAAGAAGUGAAGAAGAGAACGACACAUCGUGCAUGUAGUGCCACAAUAUUACAAAGGUUUUGUAUAUUUUAUAUUAAGUUUCUCUCUCCCUUGCACCAUUUUUCUACAUAUCCUUACUGCUACUAAGAAAACAUUUUUCAUAUGUAAAUCCAUGCAUCUAUAAAUUUUUCA